CAAUCACCAGCUUUUCGGCAAGCUGGGAAUCAAACACUAAAAAUAGCUCUCCCAUAUUUUCCUCGCUCCUUGUCCAUAUUUAUCUCAACCCCUUCCCAACAUAUCAUGUGUAAUACAAGGGCAUUUUCUUAUGAUCCUCCAACUCCAUUUCCAACACCAAUUCCACCACCUUUCUUUCCACCAUUUAUCUCUGUCUCUCACACACACGCACACACUAGACACGUAUAUAUAACGUACAUGUAUACGUGGAAAUACAGAUACUUCCACGAUGCCGGAAGGUCAUAGAGGACACAGAACGCGACAUAACCGCGGGCCGAGCCGAGAACCGGGCCGGGCCAGAGUGCCGUUGAGGCUACUCCUCCGAGUGGCAUCAGUAGCCGGCGGGAUACAAUUCGGGUGGGCUUUACAGCUGUCACUACUCACACCAUACGUGCAAGAGCUCGGAAUUCCUCACGCGUGGGCUAGCAUAAUAUGGCUGUGCGGGCCGCUUUCGGGCUUGCUGGUUCAGCCUUUGGUUGGACACAUGAGUGAUCGGUGUACCAGUCGGUUCGGUCGCCGGCGGCCGUUUAUUGUUGCCGGAGCUGUGUCGAUCAUGAUUGCUGUGUUGAUCAUCGGUUUCUCAGCUGAUAUUGGUUGGUUGUUUGGCGAUAGGGGUGAGACAAAAGUGCGGGCUAUCGCAGCUUUUAUAGUAGGGUUUUGGCUGCUUGAUGUUGCUAAUAAUUUGACUCAAGGACCUUGCCGUGCUCUUCUUGCUGAUCUUACUAGAAAGGAUCACAGAAGAACUCGAGUAGCAAAUGCAUACUUCUCCUUGUUUAUGGCUAUUGGUAACAUCCUUGGCUAUGCCACUGGAUCUUACAGUGGCUGGUUCAAGAUCUUUCCUUUUACCCUCAGUUCUGCAUGCACUGUCAACUGUGCCAAUCUCAAGGCUGCUUUUGUUAUUGACAUUAUUUUUAUUGCAAGCACUACAUAUAUCAGCAUAUCUGCAGCCAAUGAGCAGCCUCUAAGUCCCAGUCAGGUUGCCCCUCAUACUACCGAAGAGAUUGGAGAAUCAAGCCAUAGUCAAGAAGAAGCUUUUCUCUGGGAAUUAUUUGGAACUUUCAAGUUCUUCCCAGUUUCAGUUUGGGCGAUCCUGCUUGUCACUGCUCUGACUUGGAUAGGAUGGUUUCCAUUUUUGUUGUUCGAUACUGAUUGGUUUGGAAGAGAGAUUUAUGGUGGUGAGCCAAAUGAUGGAAAGAACUAUAGUACUGGAGUUAGAAUGGGUGCAUUGGGUCUAAUGUUGAACUCAGUGCUCCUUGGAAUAACAUCAGUUUUCAUGGAGAAGCUCUGUCGGAAAUGGGGGGCUGGUUUCACAUGGGGAGUUUCAAACAUAGUCAUGUGUCUCUGCUUUAUAGCAAUGCUUAUAAUUAGUGUUGUUCGGAAUAACAUGGACAUUGGUCUGGAUCUUCCCCCAGAUGGCAUUGUUAUCGCUGCACUAGUAGUAUUUGCUAUUCUUGGGAUCCCACUGGCAAUAACAUACAGUGUUCCAUAUGCGUUGGUAUCCUCUAGGAUUGAAGCUCUAGGGCUAGGACAAGGACUGUCAAUGGGUGUUCUGAAUCUAGCAAUUGUGAUUCCACAGAUGUUGGUUUCACUUGGAAGCGGGCCAUGGGAUGAGCUCUUUGGUGGAGGCAACUCACCAGCCUUGGUUGUGGCAGCAGUUUCAGCAUUUGCCGGUGGACUUAUAGCAAUCCUGGCAAUUCCUCGAACACGAGUUGAGAAGUCCAAGAUCCAUGCUUGAGGUUUGUUUGCCCUGGCGAAAGGCAAGUACAAUGGUGCCGAUUAUUCUCCAGCACUGGGUUUGGCAGGUCCUUCCCGAAGCCUUUGCAAUCCGCCCCUGCGUGUUGUUUGAGAACACUAGACUAGGUUCCAUCUUGUUCUGCUCAAAAAUAAUGGAUGCAAGGUUGGCUCUGUUUUAUAUGGGAUGAGUUGUUGGCAACAAGUGUUGUUCUUUUGUCAUUCUGUCAUGAUCAUGGAGAUGGUGUCCAUAGCUAAUAUCCUGAAAAGGAAGUGAUUCAUCUGAUUUCAUUUACAGAUCUAGGUUAAAGCAAUUAAAUCUCGUUUGGUCUUA